AUGGUAUUACGUUUAGGUAGCGUUGCCCCCAACUUCAAAGCCAUCACCACCAAGGGUGAAAUCGAUUUCCAUCAGUAUAUCGAGGGCUCUUGGGCUAUCUUAUUUUCGCAUCCAGCUGAUUUCACACCUGUAUGCACAACCGAGCUUGGUGAAGUUGCUCGCCGUGCUAAUGAUUUCGCCGAACGUAAUGUCAAAGUGAUUGGUCUAUCAGCCAACGAACUAAAGGAUCAUGAGAAUUGGGUUAAGGAUAUCGAUGAAGUCAACAACGUCCACGUUGAUUUCCCUAUCAUUGCUGAUGCCGAUAGGAAAGUAUCCGCCUUGUAUGAUAUGUUGGAUUAUCAAGAUAUCACGAAUGUCGACACCAAGGGUAUUCCCUUUACGGUCAGAAGCGUGUUCAUUAUAGAUACCAAAAAAGUCAUUCGGCUGAUCAUUACAUACCCCGCAUCUACCGGUCGUAACUUUGACGAGGUCAUUCGUGUUAUCGAUUCUCUUCAACUUGGUGAUAAGCAUCGCAUUACAACCCCAGCCAAUUGGCGUAAGGGUGAUGACGUUAUUGUCCAUCCUGGCGUCACUAACCAAGAAGCAGCUGAACUUUUCCCUGGUUUCAGAACUGUCAAGCCAUAUUUGCGAUUUGCUCCGUCUCCAUUCUAA